CAAAAUCAAACCCAGUUUCCUCCUUCACUGACUCGCUGAACUUCAGCAUUAGCUUCUCCGAACCACGCCGGAGAGAUUCCGACACAUCCCGCCAAGAAAACCCGCCCGACCCAUUUGCAUUUCCAGAAGAAGAAGACCUUAUCAGUGGAGCCGUUCUCCUCCUUCGUGAAGUCCUGAAAUUCUGCGCGCCGGAGAAAUGUAAAGCGGGAAACCGGCAAACUGGGAGAGUCGAGUUGUGGAAGAGCGGGUUAUGAUGAUGCUUGUGAGAAACCGUAGAGUUCAUUUCUUUGGAGCUGCCGAACCAGAGAGGAUCUGAUUGUUUCAAUUUUCAUCAGCUAUGGGAAGAGGAAGAGGCUUUGUGGAGGUUUAUCGAAAAUUUGAUGGAAAUUCUAGAUCUUGGAGAAGUUUUUUUUUUUUUUGGAUGUUGGGCUCAUGUGCUGGGUGUGGCGGGAAAAAUAACUGGAUGUUAGGCUCAUUGGGCUUGCGUUGAGGCCCAUCUAACCACGUAACUGCAAGAAGGAAAAAAUUAAAAAAGUGAAAAUUGGAGGAGAAAAUAGAAUAGAAGGAAGGAAGAGCAUCGAACAUCUUGAGCCUCUCGUCAGCGAUAAGAGAACAAUCUAAAGCUGGGGCUUCGAUUUUCUCCUCGCAGAUUUCUCAGCUCACCAUUAGCUUUUUAGCUUCGUUACUGCCGUCCACAUCUUCCCGUUGUCUUCUUCCCCUUCCCUUUCGUCCUUCUAUUCGUAUCAUCGGCAUUCAUCAUCACUCUGCCGCCACUUGCUCGCUCACUCAGUUCGCUGUAACUCUACCACCGCCUCUUUCAAAAUUCUCCAUCAAUGGCGUCCGCCACCGCCCCGACCUCACUCUCCCUCCUCAAAAUAACAGUAUCAUCUUCCUCCGCUUCCCGCUCACGCGCCGCCGUUCUCCCCUUCUCCUACUCUGGCCUCCGCUCAUCCUCUUCUUCCGGCCUCCGCAGCCUCGCAUUCUCCGCCGCUGACCCUCUGACCAUCCGAGCCCUCUCCUCUUCUUCCUCCUCCCGCGCCAAGUCCAACAGGGGAUUGGUAGUGUCCGCCGUCAAGAAGAGUGUUGGGGAUUUAAGCGCUGCUGAUUUGAAGGGGAAGAAGGUUUUCGUGAGAGCUGAUUUGAAUGUCCCGCUAGAUGACAACCAGAACAUCACCGACGAUACCAGAAUCAGAGCUGCAAUCCCUACCAUCAAGCAUUUGAUGCAGAAUGGAGCUAAAGUCAUCCUCUCCAGCCACUUGGGUAGACCGAAGGGUGUUACCCCAAAGUUCAGUUUGGCGCCUCUGGUUCCCAGAUUAUCUGAACUCCUUGGUAUCGAGGUUGUGAAGGCUGAAGAUUGCAUUGGCCCAGAGGUGGAGAAAGCAGUUGCUGCUCUCCCUGAGGGUGGAGUUCUUCUCCUUGAGAAUGUGAGGUUUUACAAGGAGGAAGAAAAGAAUGAACCUGAAUUCGCCAAGAAGCUUGCCUCCAUUGCUGAUCUGUUUGUGAACGAUGCUUUUGGUACUGCACACAGAGCUCAUGCUUCGACUGAGGGUGUCACCAAAUUCUUGAAGCCUUCAGUUGCUGGCUUCCUCUUGCAAAAGGAGCUGGAUUAUCUUGUAGGCGCUAUUUCGAGUCCAAAGAGGCCGUUCGCUGCCAUAGUCGGUGGUUCAAAGGUCUCGUCCAAGAUUGGAGUCAUUGAGUCCCUAUUGGAGAAGUGUGACAUCCUUCUCUUGGGUGGAGGAAUGAUCUUCACCUUCUACAAGGCUCAAGGUCUGUCGGUGGGGUCAUCGUUGGUCGAGGAAGAUAAGCUUGACCUUGCAACCUCUCUCAUGGCCAAGGCCAAGGAAAAGGGGGUUUCACUAUUGCUACCUACUGAUGUUGUCAUUGCUGACAAAUUUGCUCCUGAUGCUAACAGCCAGAUUGUGCCGGCAUCAGCCAUUCCGGAUGGCUGGAUGGGGCUUGACAUUGGUCCAGAUUCUAUCAAGACGUUCAACGAAGCCUUGGAGACUACCCAAACUGUGAUUUGGAAUGGGCCAAUGGGAGUUUUUGAGUUUGAGAAGUUUGCCGCCGGAACUGAGAUGGCCAUUUUAGGACCAGUGGACUGUGCUGAUCAUGGGAUGUUGCAAUUCUGUAGCAAAGAAGCUAGCAGACCUGAGCGCCAAGGGUGUGACAACGAUCAUCGGAGGAGGAGACUCAGUUGCAGCUGUGGAGAAGGUAGGAGUAGCAAGCGCAAUGAGCCACAUUUCCACCGGGGGAGGUGCCAGCUUGGAGCUAUUGGAAGGGAAAGAGCUUCCAGGAGUCCUUGCUUUGGAUGAAGCCACACCAGUUGCCGUGUAAGAUAAAUUCUUUUUUUUUUUUUGGCAGCCAUUAUGAUGCUAUUGUCAACGAGAGUUGUGAUGAUGUAGAGAUAUAAGAUGUGAGCUGUUCUUGUACAAUCUUCAUGUUUGCCUGCCUGCAAUAUCAAGAGGUCCAAUACCACCUUUGUUGGGUCGUUUGGAUGAGAAAUUGUAAUGGAUCAAUUUGACACGAUUGUCUCGUUUUGAAACAAUUAUACCAAAUUGACUCGUUUGCCAGCAAAAAAAUUGGGAUGGAUCAAUUUGUCUGAGUUAUUUUGAAUUGAUCCGUUUUGAGUCAAUUUCAAUUGUCUGGGGUGGGGCAGGUAAUUUGAAUUGACUCGUUUUAAUUACCUCAUUCAUAAAACGAGACAAUUGAUCAAAUUGUUUCAUUUCUAGAUUGAUCUAUCCAAACGAACCCAUCUUAUUAUCAAAUAAAUGCAUCGUUUAUCUUUUGAAUUGAUUUCUGUUGAUGGGUUGCUGUGCCUUGUUCUCUAGUGAAUUGAGUUGCACUUGUCCAACUUGGGUUGGUUGGUGUAGGAUGGGAUAGAGUAUAUUGGGGAUAGUGGUGUGGUGGAGAUUUGGAAGAGAUGGGACAAAGAAAAGGUUUCAGUUCCCAUCCACCAAUUUUUCUUUCUGGCUAGGUUGAUGCCUGCUGGUUUUAUUUUUGUGGAGGAAGUUGAUGUAUAUAUAUGGCCUACUGAUAUAUGAGAUUCCCACUCAAUGAGGUUGGAGAUGGAGGGAUAUAAAUGUUGAUGAACCGUGGCGUGACAUAUUACAUCACAGAAACUCCCUCUUGUGACUUGUGCUGCGUGUUGGCUG